ACGUCGACUGAAAAUAAAAUGUAUGUGUUUAAAGUAAAUUAGAGAACGGACAACAGGACACCACCCGGCUAGUCCUGUUGGCUAAAUGUUGUUUUUAAUUCACUGGCAUAGAAUUAAUGCGAUUACAAAGCGUGCCGAACAUUCAUAAAUUACAAUAUGGGGAGAUUUGUAUAACUGCUGUUCUUGGUUUUUCAUUUUUGUCAUGUAUAUGCAUACGUAAAAGCACCUGUUAAAUCAUCACCACACGGUUAUGUUGGCUCAUGCGAUGAAUUUCAGUACAUAAAAGACUUCUUUUUCACAUAGCCACAGCUCCACAUUUAGAAUAAAUAUGGAAAUCUCUCGCUGUAUAUCUGCGUAUUUUCUAAGUUUGAUGCAUUCAAAGUGUAACACGUGGGAAACAGCUUUAAUGAAAAGCAAUUGGUACAUGGGAUAUUGGUUUCUUUUAUAUACGUGAUAGGAUACAGAAGAUUAGCUAAAAGUAGAAAUAAACAUUUUUAUUGAUAUCUUUAAAACAAUGGAGCUUGAAAGAAUACAUAGAAAGCUAUUGACAGAUAUAUCUGACCAGAUGGUUACUGACAGCAUGGAAUGUGAAAACUUCAUUGAGCAUAUGAAAACCUACGUUCCAACAGGAAUACUGGCUCAAAACAAGUCUUUACUUGGAAAAUUUGAGACUAUGGAAAGUAGGGGGCACUUAAAACCAGGACAUUAUGAGGAUCUGAAAAAGAUUUGUACUUCCAGUGGUAAUUUUGACAUCCUGGAGAUGGUGAAGGAGGCAGAAAGCAAAAUAGAACAACUUCAGCAAGGAACAAGUGACGGUAACUUGGAACAUGAGUCAGAUUGGAAAGAACCGCCUGUAAAGAAGAUGAAAUAUGCUGAUAUAGAAAAAGAUCUUCAGUCAGAUCUUAUUGAUUACUACAGGGAGAUUUGCAGUACAAUUCCAAUCUGUCCUUGUUUGGAAGAAGUUGAUGCUCCAUUGAUCAAAGUCUACACUCCACCAUUUCCACUUUACUUGCGUGAAACUGACAAGUUGAAGCAAAUAUUUGAACAAACGGAAGAACUAGAAAAUGAAACAAUAGAAACACCAUCAGUAGAUUCAUUAGAUAAGAUAUUUAACAAACAGUCAAAAGAAUGCAACAAAAUAUACUUAACUGCAGAACCUGGACUAGGUAAAACUUCUUUUACUAAAUGGUUAGCUCUAAAUUGGUGUCAAGCACAUAGCCCUGAGGACGAUGAUGUUUGCUAUUUUGAACAUAAUGACGUCAGUCAGAUGAAAAACUUUGAGUUUCUGUUUCUAAUAUUUCUCAGAGAAACAGAUGUAAAUGAAAGGCAUGUAGAUUCAAUGAUAACAAAUCAUAUUUUAAGCGCUUUAGGGAGACAUAGUGCGUACACAACCGAAGUUUUAACAGAGGUGCUUUAUCACAAAAAAUGUCUGAUAAUAUUAGAUGGACUGGAUGAAUGGUCCUUGUCUGACAUUCCUAGGCGGUCAACAAGAAAAAACUGUACAUAUUUGUCAACAUCGCGACCGUGGAAGUUUUGCAUGCUUCCCCUUGAUUCAACAAAAAUUGACCAGCACGUAUGCAUUGAAAAUGUAGCAAAAAUAUGUAAGGAAAAACUAGUGUCAAACGUAAUGUCACUUUUUGAGGAAAGAAGACUCUUAAGAUCCGAUAUUUCGAACCAAGUUGAAGCAUGCAAACUAUUUAAAAGGAAGCUUGAUGAAAUGAAAAUAACCCAUGUCUAUAACACUCCUGUCAUACUUGUACAACUGAUAACCUCGUGGAAUAUAAACAAAGAAAUUGGACAGUCGAAUUGCGAAAUUUACACUGGCAUCGUAGAUACAUUUUUCAGUAUUGCUGAGAAAAAGGUAAAGCUCCUUGCCAAGUUUAAAAAAGUGACUGCUUCAAACAUCAAUUGUUUUCACGAUUCGCCGUCCUGUGCUACAUAUUAUAAUCUAAUGAUCAGAUUAGGAAAAUUGGCAUUUGAAACAUUAUUUUGUGAACAAAAAGGACCUUCUCUUAUUUUCGGUAAAAAUGUUGCCUUGACUCAUUUACGAAGAGGCAAGAAAAUAUCAAGUGAAGAUACCCUUGCUACGUGUUUACAGACCGGGUUACUUUCAAUGCAAUCAUUCUACGUAAGAGCGAAGAUGAAAAUAGAUGCUUACUCAUUUUUUCACAAAACAAUCCAAGAAUUUUUUGCUGCACUUUAUAUACAGUCAGAGUACGCAGAAAAUGUUCGUAUCGAAGAUGCAAUAAUGAAAAGAUGUAAUUCCGUGUCCGCAGUUCUAGAGAUGGCGACUGUGUUCACAUUUCUGAGUGGCUUUGAUCUGACUACAGCAAGAGAGGUAUUACAAUCACUGCAAAGUAUAAUAAAUGAAGAUGAAAUGACCAAAGAUUACAGAUGCAGAUUCUUUCACUCGCGGGGUGAUAAAGAAUAUACACAGGUGAUGGCGAUCCAAAAUAUGAUAGUAAGCUGUUUAACAGAGAGUAUAAAAAAUGGACAUGUAGAACAGGGCCUACCGCUACAGGACAUAAUAAUUGACCCGAGGUGUGAGCAGGACUCCGACCCCUUAAAGACACUGGUUAACAUAAAUUCUAACACCAUAAAGUCUCUCGUUUUCGUUCGAAAGGCAGUGGGCCCUAGAUUAUCAAAUGAAUGGAUUUAUUUAGGAUUACCAGAAAUGCAAUCUGUAUGUAAAUUCCAGCUUACUGAAAUUCCGUUUGAUGAGCCUGAUUCGCUUUCUAGAGCACAAACACGUGCCUUAGUGCCAAAUGUAAUUGAUCAAAUGAUAGGACUGAAAACACAGCAACUUGAACUAUUGUAUUUACAUGCACAUGACAGUGUAGCGCAUAAUUCUAUAGAACGAUUUUUGUAUUUUGUUUCACAGCAAACACUUUUAAAGGAAGUUGACUUGAAAGUAAAAUGUUAUGAGCAUACAUUUACAACUUGCAAGGGAUUUCAGCUUGACCUGUGUCAGCAAGAACACUUACAAAAUCUUGUAUUGUCUGAUGUACCUGUUAACCAGUUACGGGUUAACGAAGGCUUAAAGAUACUUCGUCUAUAUAGUGUACCUUUAAUACAGAUACAACUCAAUGAAUACUUACAGAAUCUUUUUCUGUAUCACAUACCCGUAUCACAGUUACAACUGAAUGAACACUUAAAGGAGCUAAUACUCGAUGAUGUACCUGUAACAGAGUUACAUCUGAACAAACACUUACAGAGUCUUUCUCUGGAGAAAGUACCUGUAUCACGUAUACUAGUGAAUGAACAAUUACAGACACUUAGACUGCAGGAUGUAUCUUUAUCACAGUUACAACUAAAUGAUCACUUACAAAACCUUUCUCUGAUUAAGGUGAAUGUAUCACAAUUACACUUGAACAGACACUUAAAUCAGCUUUCAUUGGAGGAAGUACCUGUACAUCAGAUACAAUUGAAUGAACAUUUACAGAAGCUUAGACUGGAGGAUGUACCUGUAACAGAGUUACAUCUGGAUGAGCACUUACAUGAUCUUACACUGAGGAAGUUGUUUAUAUCACAGUUACAACUGAAUGAACAUUUACAGAGUCUUCACCUAUAUAAGGUUUCUGCAUCCGAGCUACACUUUAAUGAAGCGUUGCAGCGACUUUCUCUGCUGGAUGUAUCAGUAUCACAAUAUCAAGGUAACCUGUCAUCUCUGGAGUUCUGUAAUAUUUAUGAUUUACCUGCUGGUGCCGUUUCUGCCGUCUUCAGAUGUCUACCUGCAGCACCAAAACUGCAAAAAUUGGAAUGUGGUAUGCUAAAGUCUCCUGAUGUGACGACAGUGUUAGACACUAUUCCGCAGCUGUUAGAUCUGCAUCGCAUUGAACUGACAUUCAUGGACUUAGACGAAAGGUCACUUGUACUGCCAAAUAAUAUGGAACAUAUUGAGCACAUGCUGAUAGUAAGCGUAACAUUGACAAGUCGUGCAUUAAACAUUUUAGUAGAUAGAGUAAUGAAAUAUAAACAGUCUGUAAAAGUAGAGCUUAAAUUGUUGAUCGUGAAAGACGACACUAUUGGAGAUCAGCAGGAGACAAUCAAUCCAAGAAGCCCACCUUCAAAUUCAGAUAAUGCCGAUCUUUCCAGGUACAGCGGGACAAAGUUUGAAUUACUCAGUGUAGAAAUGAGUUCUAGGGCAUUCCGAAAUUUUGUCGAUACCUUGGAGAAAUGCAAGCGUCCAGUUGUAGUGUACAUAGAUUACAUUGACUCUAUAGAUGGUAUUAAAGGGGAGGGAAUCGAGUAUAUUAAAUCUUCACCUUCGUUUGUCGUCUCAUAUAAAUCCUUCACAGAAUUGGAGUUUAGGACUGUAGACCAGCAUGGUUGACAAUUGUUACUUUAGUUGUAAAACGAAAUAAAACGCUUUUAUGGCAGCUUGUGAUCGGUUACAAGUUAAAAGCACAUGGCCAUUAAUGGACAAUAUAUAUAUAAAGACGCCACUUCUGAAUUACUUGUAAGAACGAUUAUUAUUCACGUUUAUCAGCAUCUUCUUAAGUUCCAUUUGAAAUACUAUUAAUUUUUUCCAUUUCUUCAGUCCACGGGUAAAUUCAGUAUAAGCAUUUUGAUUAUCAUGCUUGGUUGUGUUCUAUGCUUGCAUAUGAUCUUGCACAAAUACUGAUACACACUCCUAACUUUAAAUAUCCAUGUGCCAAUGGCAGUGUUGUUUGCUUUGUUUUUGUACUUUUUAGCACAAAAAGAAUUUUAUUUACUUUUUGAUCUGUACAGAGAAUUCAGUUUUUGUAUGUUAUAUAGCAUUACAGUAUAAUCAUGAGUUCCAAUUUAACAUUGAAAAUAUAUAUGUUGUAUGUGUAUGUACAGUCUUGAUAUAAAUCUUUUAUUAUUAAAUAUCAUGGUGAUAUCUACAUAGAGUUUAAAAACUAUAAACAGCUACUGUUCUAUAAGUUUCCAAGUUAACAUGUGAUUGAAUUUUUACAGUAUUAUUUAACAAGUAUUGAAUGCUGAAGUGCAUAUGAUAUUAUAUGUCAAAACCAGCAUUAUCAAAUACUGACGAUUUUUGUCAAGUUAUGAAGCAUAGAAUGUUAAGUUUUGCUGAUGAGUCAGUAUAUUUUUUUUUGUUCGUACAUUAUGAUAUCAAAAGUUACUGCAAAAGUUACCUGCCAAAGGCUUUUUGCGAAUCUGUGUUAUUCUUGAUCUUUUAUAUAAGAUUCUAAUGGAAUUGUGGAGAGAGUUACUGUAAGCUCUAGAAGCUUUCAAUUCAAUCCACUUGUCUUGAUAUUUGUAUUGUAUGGAUGUUAUAUGUAUGGAUGUUAUAUGUCAUGUAUAUCUUGAUAAAUAAAUAUGUUUAAACCAA